UGGAAAUAGACCAGUUUCUUUUUUCUCUUUCUGUAGGACACUCAGUCCCCCAAUCAGGAGCGCUUGUGGUGAGCAGAAUGUAAGCCUAAGGAAACUCUAGGCCGGCCUGGGUUCAGGCUUCAGCCCACCUCUGCUGAGCCGGGUCCCCUCGGCUUGGCACUUAAAAUCUGUGAAAUGGGGACAUUAGUGCCUCCUAGGGGUGUGAGGACCAAAUGAAACAAUGGAUAUAAAUCACUUAGGAAGCCCUCAGUAAACAGGCAGGUGGUUCCACUAAAGGGGAUGUUUACUGACCUGCGCCUCCACAUUUGUAAAAGAGCAGUCACUGGAAUUCUUGCAAACAGUGCCCCCUUUCAAAGGUCUCAGCAUCCUCACGCUACCUCCUGCCGCCACUUCCACCUGGGCCCCCCGCAGCCGCAGCAGCUCGCCCCCGACUUCCCGCUGGCCCACCCCGUGCAGUCGCAGCCGGGCCUCAGCGCCCACAUGGCCCCGGCCCACCAGCACAGCGGCGCCCUGCACCAGUCGCUGACCCCGCUGCCCACCCUGCAGUUCCAGGACGUCACAGGUCCCUCCUUCCUACCUCAGGCCCUGCACCAGCAAUACCUCCUGCAGCAACAGCUCCUGGAAGCCCAGCACCGCAGGCUGGUCUCUCACCCCAGGCGGAGUCAGGAGCGUGUGUCUGUCCACCCCCAUCGCCUCCACCCCAGCUUCGACUUCGGCCACCAACUGCAGACACCUCAGCCCAGGUAUCUGGCUGAGGGCACUGACUGGGAUCUCAGUGUGGACGCCGGCUUGAGUCCUGCUCAGUUCCAGGUGCGGCCCAUCCCUCAGCACUAUCAGCAUUACCUAGCGACUCCGCGAAUGCACCACUUUCCCAGAAACUCCUCCUCCACGCAGAUGGUCGUCCAUGAAAUCCGAAACUACCCUUACCCUCAGCUUCACUUCCUUGCUCUCCAGGGAUUAAAUCCCAGCAGACACACCUCUGCUGUGCGAGAGAGCUACGAGGAGCUGCUGCAGCUUGAGGACAGGUUGGGGAACGUGACUCGGGGAGCUGUGCAGAACACCAUUGAGAGGUUCACCUUCCCUCACAAAUACAAGAAGCGAAGACCCCAGGACGGCAAGGGCAAGAAGGACGAGGGGGAGGAGUCAGACACAGAUGAGAAAUGCACAAUCUGUCUGUCUAUGCUCGAAGAUGGAGAAGAUGUGAGACGCCUACCAUGUAUGCAUCUCUUUCACCAACUGUGCGUGGACCAGUGGCUGGCCAUGAGCAAGAAAUGCCCCAUCUGCCGAGUGGACAUUGAGACACAACUGGGAGCCGACAGCUGAGGGAGGAAUUAGCCGGUGGAUGCCCCAUUUUCCUUCUCCAGGUCCCCCCACGGCCAUAGCCCUUGCAGCCAAACUUUGCCUUCUGAGCCAUUUGAUGUAGAGGAAAAGCCUGCAAGCACAUUUUGUGGAAAGAGGAGUUGGUGGUAUCAGUGUCUGAAGGAAAGGAGGGGUGGGGGGCAGACCCACCCAUCCAGAAUGGAGACUGCCCCCAUCCGCCUUGCCGCGUGGGAGGGAGGGAGCUGGCCGUAUACCCAGAGCAGGGGAGGGAAGGGGGGGCCCAGGCUGCGAGAACCUAGAGGUGAUCCUGGAGGUACUAGCUGAUAGACCGGCCCCUCAAUCCUGUCCUUGGAAGGAUUGUAUAUAUACCUCUCGACCACGUAGAAACCAUGUAGGGGUCUCUAGCUAUUUCUGUGGGUGGCAGCCGGAGCAUGUUAGCUUAAGAAAAAUGUUGUGUGUGGUGCUCUAGUCAUCUUGUGGUGGACAUGUCGCUAUUACCGAAUUCGCACCAAAUAUUUCUCAUUGAGUUUCUUGUUUUGGUGCCUGACUGAACCAACCAACCAACGACAGCCCCAAUCUUCCCGUCUUUGUGAGAGAAAAGGAAAAAGGAAUCAAUGGUGAAAAAAAAAAAGUCAAAUCCUGUUUACAGUGAAAAAGGAUGAUAUUUUUUUCACCCAGGUCGGGAGAGGGGGGUUCUCGUUUGUUUUGUUUUUGGUUUAUCCUUGGCUUUUGUUUUUCUCAUGUUUACAGUGCACGGAGUGUGGAAGGGACUUCUAGGAAAGGGGAGGACUGAAAAAGCAGCAGGUAGGGUCUUCACUGGGCCUUGGAAGGUUCUGCUGAGGUGGGGAAGGCAGAGCGUGAGCUGGUAAAGGGAGGAGUUGUCUUGAGGGAGGGCUCCCUGGUACCAGGGCUUGUCUGCCCUGUUCUUCUGGAGCCCUAACACCCAUGCCCACUCCAACUUCUUCCUUUAGGCUGUGUGCUCUUGCCCAGUUGCAAAGAGGCAAUGUAGCCACUGCCUCCUAUGCAAAAAUUAACCAGAUGUUGCAGAUAAGGUGGCAUAGGUGUGGACUUGGUCUCGGCCAGAGUACUCCCAGCUAGUGCUCAGGGCUGAGGUCAAGCACUGUGGACCUAAGGAGGAACAUGAGCAGCCUCAGGAUGCUCAAGUUUUGGUCCAGAUCCUGAAAGAUGGCCCUGGCGCUAUAGCCCAUUUGCUGGGGUUGGAAAGCCCUGUGUCCUUAGCUUCUGGUUCUUUCUCUGACUCUUUGGUAACCUUGGGCAAGUCCCUUUCUUCCUCUGUGCCUCGGUUUCCUUCUUCUUCAAGUGGGAGAGAAACAACAUGCAUCCCGCUUCCCACUCCCUCUACCUCACCUAGGUGUUGUGAGGAUUAAUACUCUGUCCAGCAUGUUCUAUGCUCUCUUCCAGGAACAUUUUGGGGUUUAGGGGUGGGAAUGCUGGGAGAGACAAACCUGAAAAUUCUGAGUGACACCAGGCAGUGUGUCUUUCCAUAUCACUCCAUAAUUUUUCUAAACCCCAAAGGGAUCAGAGAGAUGAACGACAGAAGAGUGGAGAUGUGAAAAGCCACCAAAUCCCAACCCAAACUCAACUUCCUCUACCCAUACAUGGAAGAUCAACUGGAAUUCUGUGAUCUUCCCUUCCCACCGCCCUCUGCUCUCAAAGCCCUCCCUUCUCCUCAACCCCAACCCAUCUCAAUGCCCUUAUAACAGCAAGGCAAUGGGGUGCAGAAUACUUAUCAUGUACAUGAAAAAUACCAUAUGGUGAAAGAAAUUUGAGCCUGUUUAGUGUUACCAGAAGAAAAACCAGGGCCAAUGGGCAAAGAUGACAGGGAGGCAGAUUUUGGCUUGAGUAGAGCCUUGUAACCUAACUGGCUCUAUCUCAUGGAGGAAUGGUUGCUCUAGACACCAUUCACGGGGCAAGCAGAGUGAGGGGAAGUGGCUCCUGAUGGGAGAAUACUCAAGAACCCAAUUUACAUGAAGUCCCUCUCAGCACUGAUAUCCUGGUGUUCUAUAAAAUCUUUAUUGAGUGCCUACUGGUGCAAGGACUGGGAAGGACAAUUGCAAAGAAGACAAUGGCCCUGUCUUGAGAGUCUUGUGGUUCAGCUGAAGAGAGAAGACACAUCCAAUAGUGCAAAGAUGGUGAAUAAGGUUCAAGGUAGGCAGCAAAGAACAUUACGUUGUCCAAGUCAGUGAGUCUGGGAUGUGAACAAUGUUUCUAGGUUUAAAGUGGAGAAAGUAUAUCUGAGGCAGGAUUUGGGGGAAAGCGAGUUAUUGAUAGACACAGGAAACUGGAAAUUCUGCAUCUUCCCUAAUGUCUAGGUCAAAACCAUGAAUUCAUCAGAAGAUGGCUUUGGCCUGGAGGAAGGCCACUCCUCUCUUAGUCUUGUUCUUUCUUCUGAGGCUGGUUUGAAAGACUGGUAAGGUGGAAGACAGUCAGUGGGGAAAACAGGAUGGAGCUAGACUGGGUUCCAGUCUUGGCUCUUCAAUGACACAGCGGGCAAAGCUAGAAAUACCCUCAACUGACCCUCGUCUCUCUGGGCCUCAGUUUCCUCAGCUACAACACAGGAGGCUGGGUUGGAUGCUUGUUAACUUUCCUUCCAACACUCACACUCUGUGAUCCUCCCUAACAUCUUUCCAAUCGAUAGAACUGUGUGCUCACAGAGCUGUUGAAAAGGCCUUUCUGUGGACACAACAUCUGUUUCAGAGGCUGAGGGCACACGUGCUGCGUGAGAGUGGGACCUGGUCCCCCCUCCCUCCCAAUUCUCUGCACUCCCUGAGUGCCCCAGGCUAAUAUUAGGGUCUGGGGUGGGAUCUCCCAGAGGGGAGAGGUCCGCUGCUAACUUUGGGAAUAGAUCCUGAAAACCCCUCCCCGUCCCAUCUCUGGGGCUCUUGUACCCUGCAGUUACAGGAGAUAGUGAAGAAUCAGAGUCCUCCCAGCUCCUGCUUUCUGACCUGGGUAGCCACUGGGGUAAGAAAGGAGUAGGGCUUGGGCUUCUGCUCCUUUGGAGUACCCUGUUGGCCAUAGAGCCUGGGAGAGUGGAGAAGACGCAGGGCCAGGCCUCAGCAUCUCACAUCCGCCACCUGCAGGAGGAGCGACCAUCUGUAGUCCUCCUUCUGUUCAACUCAAGGGACUCAGACCCUUUCCUGACUGAGACGCAUGAGUGCCUUCUGGGGUGAGAGCAGCUCCAGGAUUCAAGUUGGGCCUCUUAACCGCAGCCAUGACUGCGGCGGGUCUACUGAGGAUGCCAAUCAAUCAACCCAAUGCCACAAACCCAGCUGGGCACAGGCAGGGGCAGGCAGGGGCCACUGACUCCUCUACCUGGCCAGGCCCCUUCCACCCACUGUUGCCCUUGCCCACCACCUGUGGCAGGAGUUAAGCUCCUCUUCUGCAAAUGUUCCCAGCCUCCGUGCAAGUAUUCUUAACUCUUACGCCUAAUGAACAAGCACAGUUUUUUCAAUGGUGUAGAAAAAGCACCAGAUUUUCUUUUUUUCCUGAAGAAAUCCCCUAAGUCCCCCACCUGCUGGUGGGACAAACACUCCCCUUGUGGGGCUGUAGCAACGUCUGUCAGGUCCCCUCGUGUUUCAUCUCCUGCGCGCGUAGAGCAAAUGCUAGAGCGAUUUCAGCUGAUAGAAAAAACAAAAAUGAAAAAAAAAAAACAAAAAACAAAAAACAUGGCACGUUGCUAGUUUACAGGGUUUUGUGAGUUUAAAUGCCUUAUAUUUAACAAUCAUAAUUUAUGACUAACUUGUAGAUAUCGUGGGUUCUUAUUUAAUUAUUUUUAUAGUUGUUUUGCAUUUUUAAUUAUAAUUUAUUUAUUUAGAAAGGAUACUAAUUUUUUUUAUUACUCCUAUUACCUCAUUUUGGCGUUGUUUCUGGGAGUGGAAUGCUUUGCAUGCAUUGGUACGAUGACAAACAACUACGAAUACAAAAAAAAAAUUAAAUAAAAUUCCGCGAACUUUAUUUCGUCCAAACUAUCAGGGUGUGUGAUUGCAAGCUGUCCUACUGUGGUGCUGGCCUCUUUGGAUACAUUCCAUACGAAAUGCAAACCUUUGAUUCUGUAUGCUGUGAUCUAGUGAAAAACUCCAAUAUAGUGACUGUAUUUAGCACAUAUAUAAAUAUAAUUUGCACUCGUCAGCAGACUGGGGUAAUCCUUUCACUUGCUACCCUCGGCACCCACCCCCCAACCCCAACUACUCAUGAUUAACCUGCUUUUCCUUCUCUCCUCACCCUUCCCACAAACUUGCCCACCUGCCUUUGUCCUCUGUGAGAGGUCUUAGAGCACUAGAGGUCACUGCCUCCACCUGGGCUUUAGCACUCUGUGGUUCCAGAAUUGGAACCCUUUAGACAUGGCCAGUAGGAGCAUCUGAAAACCAAAUAGCCUGAUUUGUUGGAACAAACCCUGAACUGGGGAGCCAGGAGGCUGGGGUUUUAGACCAGCCCUAUUAUAGACUUCCCCAUGACCUUGAGCAGUCACUGGUCCCCAUGCAUCUCAGGUGUCUGGACUGGGGCGAGAGAGGUAAACUAGGUCCCUCUGAUUCAGAUAGAAUAUGACACAGAUUGGGUGGGAAACCGUUGUCCUGUGCUUAUCUCAUCUUCUUAGAAGAGAAGAUGGGGAAAGAGAAAGGAUGGAAGGAAGGAGGAAAAGAGAAGGAAGUAAAAGAGAACAGAGCAGGUUGAGAAUUCAUCUAGUGAUCAGCUCAGAGUAGAUGUCUGGUAGUAGUCCUCUACUUUCAUAAACAACGUCCUGCAGGUGACAGGGAGGUAACUUAGGUAGACAUAUCCCUAGACAUGACACAUACCCUUCCACAAGCUUUGGGUGGUCAUUUGGAGAGUUGAAAUCCAUAUCUUAUUAGACACAGAGAUGAGAUAGGCAGGACAGAAGCCCACUACUAUGGUGUCUGAGAUUGGCAUUCCAGUCCGAUCAUCUGGACCCUUCGUUGUGGAGACAUCAUCCUUGACAACAGGUUCUAGACUCACAGUGUCUCCUCCCACUUUCUGCCUUUGCUCCAUGGGAGCUGCUAUGGAGAACCAAGGGGUGGGCCUCCAUUCUCACUGGAUGAUACAGGAGUGAUGGGAGAGGGCUGGGGAAGCAGUGGCAUCAAAGGCUGGCACAGUGGAGAAUCCAGAUGCCUUUGAGUCAAAAGGAGAGAGAGAGGAGGUCAUGCCCCCAAGAGGACUGAGCAGGCUAGGACUUUCUUCCGCUUCCUCCCUUCCUUUCCAGCUCAUUCUUCCCUCUUCCUCUUGGUAUCACUGCCUUUGCCUGGUGAGGAGGUAGAAAUCCACCCUCUACAUGAGGCCCCUUGGGGAUGGUGCUGAUGGGGAAGGAAGCACAGGCCUUUUGCCACACUGCCUGGCCAGGUCAUGUGAGUGCUGGGCUAUGGGUGGUCCCUAAGCCCCAACUCUGCUCUAUCUGGGUAUAGGCUGCCCUUCCCUGCCUGCAGCCUACCCAGCUUCCCCCUGCCUCCACCCCAGAGCCUGACUUUCCUUGGAAAUGGCCUGUGAGUGGCCCACCACACUGGUGAGGACAGGACCACCACACUGCCUGGUCUGGCAGACACUGCCCCCUUCACAGGGCUCCUGGAUGGGCAUGCCUUAUGCUGCUCUGGGGGGUCACAGUGGGAAGGAGCCUUUGCCCUGGCUGGUCUGUACCCCACGCUCGAGCCUCCUCACCCCACCUCGCCUGCUAUCCCACCCCCACCCCUCCCCCGGCCUUGGAUGUGGCUCUUUUCUCAGCUGUGGAGCCAGCCACACUUGGCCCUCAAGGGGGUAAUUUGGUUGCCCCUGGUAAGUGAAAGGAUUAUCCUCAGUGUUGAUUGUCCUUUUUUGUAAUCCUCCUGCUGUUCUGUUCUGUUGUGCUGUGCAACAUUUUGCUACAUAGACUAUUUUAUAGCAGAAAGCUAGAAGAAUAUUUAUUAUGAAUAUUAAAGCAAUAGUGCAUCAAUGAAAAGGCGGAGACAUUAGGAAUUGUGUAAAUGCUUAG